AGUUCUCAUUCAUCAUUCUGAAGAGCAAGACCAACAGACAGCUGGUUACAAGACCAAAGAGAAACACUUGAGUUUGAAAUUGGUCACUUUCUUUUUCAAGGAUUUUUUUACCCUCUCUUCCCAUGUUCCUGCUUACGGUUCUGCGUGAGGCAGAGUGCCCAGCGAAGACCCUCAUCAUGCCGACUACUUGUGCAAGGUGCACCUUGGGAGUCUGACCCAUCAUGUGCAAAUGGACACCUACUACCGCUGGUCUCCACUCCGACCUCACCUUCGCUGGCUCAGCCCUCCCUUCUUAUCCUUUUUCUUUGCUAUGCCUGUCCCUGCUCUUUCUAGCUUGCUCUGCUCUUGGAGGUUGCUCACCUACACUGGGCCAUGACCCCCUUCAUGCGCUGGCACAGGGCACAAACUGCUCGUGGACUCUGGAGCGGCACACGCGCAGCUACAACCACCUCGAGGGUGACGUCCGUCUUCGGCGCCUCUAUUCCGCCAACAAGUUCUUUCUCUGCAUCGACAAGACGGGCAAGGUGGAUGGCACACGUCGGAAGAAUUACCCUGACAGUCUGAUGGAAAUCCGAUCUGUCAGUGUGGGAGUUGUCGCCAUCAAAUCUGUCAGCACUGGCCUGUACCUAGCUAUGUCCAAAAAGGGAACGCUCUUCGGAUCGGUCAGAUACAGCCCCAGUUGCAAGUUCAAAGAGCGCAUAGAAGAGAACGGCUAUAACACCUACGCCUCGCUGCGCUGGAAGCACAGGGGCAGGCAGAUGUUCGUGUCGCUGAACGGCCGAGGGAAACCCCGCAGAGGUCACAAAGCUAGACGGAGACACCCAUCUACUCAUUUCCUCCCUAUGCUGGCCACAUAG